UCUCCAUCAGUUCUUUUGCCCAAGUUUUUAGGGACAAGCUUCAAGAUAACAAGUAAGAAAUGGCCACUGUUACUAAACUGCCAAUUAAACAAGAUACUGCCGAGUGGACGGGGUUAUUCAACAACGAACUUAAAACGAAAGAACAGUCGCUUCUUUUUGUGAAGCGAAUGAUGGCCCUUGCGGUGUCCUCCAUUACCUACUUGCGUGGGGUUUUCCCAGAAGAUGCCUACCGCUCAAGAUACUUGGAAGACUUGAGCAUCAAAGUUCUAAGAGAAGAUAGCUCCUCAGGAGGGGCCUGUAAAAUUGUUAGGUGGAUGAUGGGGUGUUUUGAUGCUUUGGAGAAGUCAUAUUUGCAAAUUGUGUUCAUUGGGGUAUGUCCAAAAACUGCAGAUGUCGAUCACAUCAUUGAGUCCUACCAGUUUAAAUUUGUAUACACAGAGAACGGGCCACAAAUGGACUUUAUAAGAAACGAGAAUGUUGAGAUGAGGGUGACCAUGGAGGACACAAAGAAGGCAUCUGUGCUUCUCAUAAGGAAGUUGUUCCUCCUCAUGCAGAAUCUGGAUGUUCUCCCAAACAACGUUUCUCUCACCAUGAGGCUCUACUACUAUGAUGAUGUUACGCCAUCUGACUAUGAGCCGCCUGGGUUCAAGGAGGGCGUGAGUGAUGACCUGUGGUUCGAGGGCACAGCGGUACACUUCAGAGUGGGCGAGCUUCAAACCCCGUUCCACGCCAUGAAGGUGCGCGUGGCAGCUGAACAAGGACGUGUCAAGAAGUUGCAGGAAGGCAACCAUCUGAGGGACAUCGGGAAGGUGCCUCUCACCUCUAACCAAGAGGCUGCCCACAUUGGAUGUACUGCUGACAACCUACCAUCCGAUGAAGAGUCUAUUGAGCAGUUCAAGAAACCCAAAAAGAUUCAGAAGAAAAUCCAGGGCAACAAACUGACCAAGAGAACAAAAAAAGAACUAUGAUGCGGAAAAGGAUUUACAGUCCGGCUGUAUGCAGUGAAGAGUAACAAGUUUAUGCUUGGAUGAUAUAUGAUAUAAUUCUGCACAUGUAUUUAUUUAUUUAUUUAUAGUAUUGCAAGAGUUCACUUUAAUAUAUUUAUAU